AUUCGUUCGCUCCAGUUUGCUGAUUGUUGGACAGAAGUAUCGUAGUUACUAGCGAAAGCUCCAUUACUUGCUUUAGCUACUAUCGACGUCUUUCGCCAAUAUACAUAUAAUACUCAUUUAAACAUCUUUAAAACUUUACAACAGCUACAAAAUGCGUGAAUGUAUCUCAGUUCAUGUUGGACAAGCUGGAGUCCAGAUCGGUAAUGCUUGUUGGGAAUUGUAUUGUCUGGAACAUGGCAUUCAACCCGAUGGUCAGAUGCCAUCUGACAAAACCAUUGGCGGAGGUGAUGAUAGUUUCAACACCUUCUUCAGUGAGACUGGUGCAGGAAAACAUGUACCCAGAGCAGUCUUCAUUGACUUAGAGCCUACGGUAGUUGACGAAGUACGUACCGGUACUUACCGUCAGUUAUUCCACCCAGAACAAUUAAUCACUGGCAAGGAAGAUGCAGCAAACAAUUAUGCUCGUGGUCAUUAUACAAUUGGAAAAGAAAUUGUUGAUCUUGUAUUAGAUCGUAUUCGUAAAUUAUCCGAUCAAUGUACCGGCCUUCAAGGUUUUCUUAUUUUCCACUCCUUUGGAGGCGGUACCGGGUCUGGGUUCACUUCUCUUUUGAUGGAGCGCCUUUCUGUCGAUUACGGCAAAAAGUCAAAGUUAGAAUUCGCCAUUUAUCCUGCUCCACAAGUCUCAACAGCAGUUGUUGAACCGUACAAUUCAAUUCUCACUACACAUACUACUCUUGAACAUUCCGACUGUGCAUUUAUGGUCGACAACGAAGCCAUCUACGAUAUAUGCCGUCGUAACUUGGAUAUCGAAAGACCUACUUACACAAACCUGAAUCGAUUGAUCGGCCAGAUUGUAUCUUCGAUCACAGCGUCUCUACGAUUCGACGGUGCUUUGAACGUCGAUCUAACGGAGUUCCAAACGAAUUUGGUACCGUAUCCUAGAAUUCAUUUCCCUCUGGUGACAUACGCCCCCGUCAUUUCAGCAGAGAAGGCUUAUCACGAACAACUCUCUGUAUCAGAGAUUACUAACGCUUGUUUCGAACCAGCAAAUCAGAUGGUGAAAUGCGAUCCCCGUCAUGGAAAAUACAUGGCUUGCUGUAUGUUGUACAGAGGCGAUGUCGUGCCCAAAGAUGUAAACGCGGCGAUCGCCACCAUUAAAACGAAACGUACCAUUCAGUUUGUUGAUUGGUGCCCUACAGGAUUUAAAGUUGGUAUUAAUUAUCAGCCACCUACUGUGGUACCCGGCGGUGAUCUUGCCAAGGUACAACGUGCUGUUUGCAUGUUAUCCAACACCACCGCCAUCGCAGAAGCGUGGGCUCGUCUUGAUCACAAGUUUGACUUGAUGUAUGCUAAACGAGCAUUCGUCCAUUGGUAUGUCGGAGAAGGUAUGGAAGAAGGUGAAUUUUCCGAGGCUCGUGAAGAUCUUGCGGCUCUUGAAAAAGAUUACGAAGAAGUUGGCAUGGACUCCGCUGAAGGUGAAGCAGAAGGCGUUGAAGAAUAUUAAAUAAUGUGAUCAUAAAUAUCGUUUUGAUACUUUUUUUUUCCCGUAAUAAAAAAACGAAUUAUCACCAGCAA